AAAAACAAACGUUGUAGUGGAUCAGAUAGAUAAACUCCCUGCUCUCCUUCCUGGCAUUGCCCAGGUAGCAGAUCCAAGGGUCCAGGCAGGACACUAGACUAACAGUGGCAAGACACCUAGAUCCCCGCUCCCAACCCCACGUGGCCAGUGCUCUUGGAUAAAGUGGCAACACCUCUCUGAGGCUCAGUUUCCUCUUCAACAACAGCAGCAUCCCCUUCUAUUUAAGGGAUGGUGAAGAGAGGAUGAGUGCGGCUGGGCAGGAAUGGGCCCCUGCAGCAGCAAGUCCUGAGGCAAGAGGGCGGCCAGAGCGGUCCAGCAGGCAAAGCAGGGCAGCAGCUCCUUCCCUGGAGGUCCCUGAGGACAAAGUCAGCCCUGCCAACCCUUGCUUUAGUGUAAAAGGCCCCGGGCAAGGGUCUUCUCCAGGAGUGGGGUGUGUGACGGAUGCUCUCUGGUACCCUCCCCCAGGUCCUGGUCUGCACAUUUGUCCCCACACUUCUCCCUUGGGGGAAGAACAUGCCCUGUUCUUUCCACCUGCAAUAGGGAUGGGGGAAACCAGAGAAUGGGCAGCUCCUUACUCACAAAGAGAGACAGGGCCCAGGAAUGAUGCUGCUUUCCAGGCAGAACCAGGAGUCCCUCCCUCGCGCCCUCCCCUCCUGUCCCUCACAUCCCCCCCUUCCCUCUGUCACUCUGGCUGGGUUUCAUUUGCUCCAGGUUCAGCGCUCCACGGUGCCUCCAAAGGCAGAGAAUGCUCUUGGAUGGACCCUGUCCAGAAAGCUGUCAUCAGCCACACGUUUGGGGUCCCCUCCCCUCUGAAGAAGAAGCUCUUCAUUUCCUGUAACAUCUGUCACCUGAGGUUCAACUCAGCGAACCAGGCUGAGGCACAUUAUAAAGGCCACAAACACGCCAGAAAACUCAAGGCUGUCGAGGCUGCCAAGAGCAAGCAGAGGCCACACACCCAGGCCCAGGAUGGGGCUGUGGUGUCCCCAGUCCCAACGCUGGCCAGUGGAGCCCCUGGAGAGCCACAGAGUAAAGUUCCUGCAGUCCUGCCUCCACUCCAGCCAGCACCGACUCCGGACCCUACAUCCAGGGAACCAGCCCACCCAGACCUCUUGGAUGCUGCCUCCUCUUCCUCUUCUUCCUCCUGCCCUCCUUGCUCCCCAGAGCCUGGGAGAGAGGCACCGGGGCCUGAGCCACCAGCAGCUGCCGUGGGAAGCAGCGUGAGUGGGGAAGGCAGGAGCGAGAAGGGGCGCCUCUACUGCCCCACGUGUAAGGUGACGGUGAACUCGGCCUCCCAGCUUCAGGCUCACAACACAGGAGCCAAGCACCGGUGGAUGGUGGAAGGUCAGCGAGGGGCUCCCCGGAGGGGCCGGGGCCGCCCAAUGUCCAGGGGAGGCACCGGACACAAGGCCAAGAGAGUGACAGGGGGCCGGCAGGGGCCCAGCCCCGCUUUCCACUGUGCCCUCUGUCAGCUCCAGGUCAAUUCAGAGACCCAACUCAAGCAGCACAUGAGCAGCAGGAGGCACAAAGACCGCCUGGCCGGGAAGCCCCCCAAGCCCUCCAGCCAGCACAGCAAGCUGCAGAAGCACGAAGCGCUGGCUGUGAGUAUCCUCAAGUCUAAACUGGCCUUGCAGAAGCAACUCACCAAGACGCUGGCAGCCCGCUUUCUGCCCAGCCCGCUCCCCACCGCAGCCACUGCCAUCUGCGCCCUGCCAGGACCCCUGGCCCUCCGCCCUGCCCCUACAGCAGCCACUGCCCUCUUCCCGGCUCCGAUCCUGGGCCCAGCUCUGUUUCGCACCCCAGCAGGAGCUGUCCGCCCUGCCACAGGACCUAUUGUGCUUGCCCCUUAUUAGCCCUCAUGGGGAGGCCAGGGCUGAUUUCCCAGUAGCCAGUCCUUGUCUCCUCCUGUCCCAAGACACCUUGGUUUCCUACAUGCCACAGGGACUGUGAACAGCUUCAAUGGUCUUGCCUACUCCAGGAAGAGCUGGACUAGUUUUAAGGACAGCUGCCCUUCCAAGGACUGUCCCCACCCUCCUUUCCCAGGCCUUCUAGGCUUCCCUGCAUCUCCCACCCUGACAGAUCCCAAAGAUCUAUGCAAAUCUCAGCCCCAGCCACGCGGUGCUCAUUUUCCUCCACCCAAGACCUACACCAAGACCCACACGGCCAGACUCCAGGAAUCGUAGCUUCUACAAGCCGUCCUCUCCUAGCUGAGGGACAAGUCUCUGACCUCUAUUCCUAGGCUCUGGGGCUUCACUGGAGAUAGGGAUGGGGUCUCUAGCUGGAGCGGGCUCAAGGCAAUCAGGAAAGGUGACUGUGGGGGUGUGGCAGAGGACCAUGGAGGAGAAAGGGGGACCCAGAAGUCCCUCGAUCAGCAGUGCUAAGGUGGGGCAGAGCCAAGGAGGUAGUGGGGUUGAUUCUGAAGGCUUUGGGGGCUUCAUCUGCUCUGAAGGAAUGGGACUAGGAGAGGAGGUGUUCUGGUUGGGCCCAGGUAUCUUGUUUGUUUCAAUCUUAGUCUUCUUGGCAUUGAUGGGCCCAGUCUUUGUUUUUUUAGUUUCAUUCUGUCACCCAGGCUAGAGUGCAGUGGUGCUAUCUGGCUCGCUGCAGCCUCUGCCUCCUGGGUUCAAGUGAUACUCAUGGAUAGGCCCAGUCUUAAUACUUAGGAAGUAAUUCAUCCCUCGGAGGCUCUCCCUUCGUAGCCUUUCUCUGACUUCAUGAACCCCAGCUCUUGGAGGGCAGGCGUGGGUCUCCCUCAGACUGUGGACUCAGCUAACAUUGAAUCCCCCCAGGGCUCCCAAAGGAAGAGCUUUCCCCUACAGCUUCCCACUCCAAACUGGUCCCAGCACGAAAUUCAGCUUUCCCUUCUCCCAUCCAGCCCCUGCCCCUGUGAAGCUGAGUGCUGGGAAACAGUCUGACAUGCACUUGCAAGACGCAUUUUCAUACCGUCAAUGUCAAUGUCACAAACUCCCUUUCACCCUAGUACUGCCCCCUCCCCACCCCACAUCAUGGGACCUUGCCAGUAUCCCCCUGUAUCUUUUUUUUUUUUUUUUUAAAGACAUUUCCAGUGGGAGAACCAGAAAAAGGUGGGGAGGGAAACUUUUUGAUAACAAUUGUGGUUUUAUUGUGUCCAAUGAAUGCAUCAAUAAAUGAACUUGAAGCCCAA